GAGAUGAAGUAUUUAGAGCUGGUAACGACAAAAAACGCUGUAUCUGCGGCUACAGGAGCUGGGGCUAUCUUCCUAGUGGCCAAGACCAUCAUGGCUGGGAUCAAGAGCCCUCCCUACAACCCAGAGCCACUUACCUUAGCCAAACUUGCCAUAGAGCACCAGAGUAAAAAUGUGAUGGACUCCGGAGAACUCAGGGGGCUCCUGCACACCCUCAAUCCAAAGCUGGAUGACUACUCCAAGAAUAUGAUACUCCAUGGCAUCACACGGAGUGUUUACCUACUGGACACUGAGGCAUCUGCCUGUACAUAUGAGGAUAUCAAACUGGUGGCCUCCUUCCUGGAUGAUCCAGACAUGGGCAUCAAGAUUCAGACACUCCAUGCCCUCAAGGCCUUCAGUGGCAUUUGGAAGUUUAGAAUUAGGAUUCAGGAGUUUGUCCCCAAGAUUCUUGAAAUGGUCACCAGCCUCUGGGAUAAUGAUGUGCACGUUGCUGGACUGAGGCUACUGAAUGGGCUGCAGAUACCGGAUCACACACAUAUACUGCUGAAAAAGCUUAUGCCUGCCUUAAUGGAAAUUCUGCAGAUGGGGAACACUUUGGCCCAGGUGCAGGUUCUAAAAUUCCUUAGUAUGCUAGCUCAGAAGGAAGAUCUGUUAUUUGACAUCAUGAAUUGCCAGGUACACCCUGAAUUCCUCCACCUCUUCCAACCUUCACGGCCUGGAAACCUGCUCUUCGAGCUGCUGGUGUUUGUGGAAUGGCUUUGUGAGGGUCGCCUGACUCCCCAGUAUCAGUCAGUGCACUGGCAGUACAAUGAAUUAUCUCUUCACGAGGUCCUCUUCGGAAGGGAUUCCCGUCUAGCCGACCGCCUUCUCUCCCUCAUCAUUCACCCUGAGGAAGAGGUGCAGAUCCAGGCCUGCAGGGUCAUCCUGAAACUCCAGCUAAACGAAGAGGGGGAGCUUGCUGUCCUCCGCAACUCUGAUUCCACCUUCUUCUCUGAGCCAAACAUUGGCAGCUCUUUCAUUCAGUCUCGCUGUUAA